UUCCUGGCUGCUUCACUCACAUGCUGGACACGGUGAGACUGUCCCACGCAUGAACCGGCUCUGGAGUAGAUCUUAGCUGUGUAUUUAUCGCUCAAUUCAUUAGUCGUAGGCCUGUUUGUAUUGAAUAUAGUAAAAACUAAGGAGGAUAUUGUCUUUAUUUUUCUUGACUUCGAAUUUCCUCAAUCUGUGUUUGUGGGUCAGCCUGCUGUGUCUGUGAGAGAAGAGCAGCAGGAUGAUUGCAGCCCAACUACUAGCCUACUACUUCACUGAACUCAAGGAUGACCAGGUUAAAAAGAUUGACAAGUACUUGUACUCCAUGCGCUUCUCUGAUGAGACGCUACUGGACAUCAUGCAGCGGUUCCGCAUGGAGCUGGUCAAAGGACUGGGACGUGACACCAACGCCACCGCAUCUCUUAAGAUGCUGCCAACAUUUGUGCGCUCCAUCCCAGACGGCUCAGAAAAAGGAGAUUUCAUCGCAUUGGAUUUGGGAGGAAGUGCCUUCAGGAUCCUUCGUGUCCGAGUGAGUCACGAGAAGAAGCAGACAGUUCAGAUGGAGAGCCAAAUCUACGACACACCCGAAGACAUCAUACAUGGCAGCGGAACAAGAUUAUUUGACCAUGUGGCCGAGUGUCUGGGUGACUUCAUGGAAAAACACAACAUUAAAGACAAGAAGCUGCCAGUUGGCUUCACCUUCUCCUUCCCCUGCCAACAAACCAAACUUGAUGAGAGUACCCUGAUAACGUGGACAAAGCGCUUCAAGGCGAGCGGGGUGGAGGGCAUGGAUGUCGUUAAGAUGCUCAACAAAGCCAUCAAACAACGAGGAGACUACGAAGCUGACAUCAUGGCUGUAGUGAAUGAUACCGUGGGAACGAUGAUGACCUGCGGCUUUGAUGACCAACGCUGUGAAGUCGGAAUUAUCAUCGGAACCGGUACCAACGCCUGCUACAUGGAGGAGUUGCGUCACAUCGACCUGGUAGAGGGUGACGAAGGCAGGAUGUGUGUGAACACUGAGUGGGGGGCAUUUGGAGACGACGGCCGGCUGGAGGACAUCAGGACAGAGUUUGAUCGAGAGAUUGAUCGUGGCUCUCUCAACCCCGGCAAACAGCUUUUUGAGAAGAUGGUCAGUGGGCUGUACAUGGGUGAGCUGGUUCGUCUCAUUCUGGUCAAGAUGGCCAGAGAGGGUCUUCUGUUUGAGGGCAAGAUCACCGCUGAGCUGCUUACUAAAGGGAGAAUUGAGACCAAGCAUGUCUCUGCCAUUGAGAAGAGUAAGGAGGGAUUAACCAAAGCCAAAGAGAUUUUAACCAGACUCGGUGUAGAGCCCUCAGCUGAAGACUGCAUCGCUGUUCAACAUGUUUGUACCAUUGUGUCCUUCCGCUCUGCCAAUCUGGUAGCGGCGGUGCUGGCGGGCAUCCUCAAGAGGCUCAAAGAGAACAAAAGUGUUGCCCGACUCCGCACUACUGUUGGCAUUGAUGGAUCUCUCUACAAGAUGCACCCACAGUAUGCCCGACGUCUUCAUAAGGCGGUUCGCCGACUGGUCCCCGAUUCCGAUGUGCGAUUCCUCCUGUCUGAGAGCGGCAGUGGAAAAGGAGCCGCCAUGGUGACAGCUGUGGCCUACAGACUCGCUGAGAAGUCUCGACAAAUUGCACAAACUUUGUCAGAGUUCCGCCUGACGACAGAACAACUGCUAGAGGUAAAGAACCGCAUGAGGACUGAGAUCCUAAAUGGCCUUUCUAAGGACACACAGGCUUCUGCCACUGUCAAAAUGUUGCCAACAUUUGUAUGCAGUACUCCUGAUGGCACAGAAAAUGGUGAUUUCUUAGCUUUGGAUUUGGGAGGAACCAACUUUAGAGUUCUGAUGGUGAAGAUUCGUUCCGGGAAAAGGAGAACUGUGGAGAUGCAUAACAAGAUCUAUGCCAUUCCCCUUGAAGUGAUGCAGGGUACAGGGGAGGAGUUGUUUGAUCACAUUGUUCAUUGUAUAAGCGACUUCCUGGACUACAUGGGGAUGAAGAACGCUCGUCUUCCUCUAGGCUUCACCUUCUCUUUCCCUUGCUUACAGACCAGCUUGGAUGCUGGCAUCCUGGUGGCGUGGACCAAAGGGUUUAAAGCAACAGACUGUGAAGGAGAAGAUGUGGUGGGGCUUCUGAGGGAGGCUAUUAAGAGGCGAGAGGAGUUUGAGCUGGAUGUUGUGGCCGUGGUCAACGACACAGUGGGAACCAUGAUGACCUGUGCCUACGAGGAACCGACUUGUGAGAUCGGACUCAUUGCUGGCACCGGCAGUAAUGCGUGUUAUAUGGAGGAGAUGAGGAACAUUGAGAUGGUAGACGGCGAUGUAGGGCGCAUGUGUGUCAACAUGGAGUGGGGGGCCUUUGGCGAUAAUGGCUGCCUAGACGACAUCAGGACGGAAUAUGACCGCACCGUGGAUGACUUCUCCCUUCACCCGGGCAAACAGAGAUACGAGAAAAUGUGUAGCGGCAUGUACCUUGGUGAAAUAGUGCGAAACAUACUAUUAGAUUUGACCAAGAGGGGCUACCUAUUCAGAGGUCAGAUUUCAGAGACACUGAAGACCAGGGGCAUCUUUGAAACAAAGUUCCUGUCUCAGAUUGAGAGUGACAGACUGGCUUUACUUCAAGUGAGGUCCAUCUUACAGCACUUAGGGCUGGACAGCACCUGUGAUGACAGUAUCAUUGUCAAGGAGGUAUGUGGAGCCGUGUCACACCGUGCCGCUCAACUCUGUGGGGCAGGGAUGGCGGCAGUGGUUGAUAAAAUCAGAGAAAACCGUGGACUGGACCAUUUGAACAUCACGGUCGGAGUGGACGGGACUCUGUAUAAACUGCAUCCACACUUCUCCAUCAUCAUGCACCAGACCGUCAAAGUGCUGGCUCCUCAGUGUAAUGUCAACUUCCUGUUGUCAGAGGACGGCAGCGGCAAAGGAGCGGCGCUCAUCACGGCAGUGGGCGUCCGAAUGAGACAAGAGCUGAACAACUGAUAACUUUUGACAGUUCCACGUGUCUCCUUCCUGCUCUGUCCUCACUCAACCAAAGCAGACCAGGGAACACCCUCUCCAGUAGCCGCUUUAGCUUUUACUCCAUGUGGCAGAAAGAAGAGAGCUUUCUCUGCUAUUUAGCACAAUCACCAUACUAGUACAAAACGAUGAUAGCUUUGCACAGUUCCAAUAUUGCUGUGGUGUGUAAUGUCGCCACCUUGAGGAUUAUUUUGGUAACUGCAGGAUGUCACACUAGACAAAGGAUGUCCAAAUGCAGUUUCCCCACGAUGCAUUAAUGUUGUUUCAUGAUGUUUAGUAGCUGCAGGGUCGUUCUUUAAAUUAUUGUACCAACAUCACCACAAUGUGUCUGCACAAAAAGACAGCAAUAUGAUAUGAAGUGAAAACAAUAAUAUACACAAUAUGUAAGGGGUUUGUUUUUUGCUUUAAAGCUUUUAAGGUCUUAUCCAGAUAUAAAAAUCCAUUCUUUUACAUACGAUACUGUUAUUUAUUCUAUUUUUACAUCAGGGGGUGAUGAAAACGUUACUGCUGCAAUCAAAAAGUUGAUGUUUAUUACAUAAGGUGCCUCAGCCUGGAAGGAAGUGUGAACAUGGAGGGAUGUCACAUGCCUAUAUAAUGAAUAUACUGUACUGUAAGAGCUCUUUGUAUUUUACCAAGUAUUUGUACAAUUCCCAGUAUGCUGCUGCUGUCUAUAAGGCAUGCGAAUCAAUCAGUUUCUUAGCAACGUGAAAUGAAUGAAACAUAAGUGUAUGAGGUGCUAUCAUGGGUGCCAGUGGACCACCAGUGGCCAAAAUCUGUAGAAGAACCGUACACUUGAAUUGGAUUUGAAGCAUUCUAUUCUUUCUCACCUCUUGUUUAAUAAAUGCUCCUAAAAUCUCAGGAGCAUGAUGUUCCAUGAAGUAGCCCAAAUCUUGCACAUGUAUUUAUGUAAUGACUUCUCUUUCCCUUCAUUUUGGCUUAUGGCGUUCCUCAGGGCUCCAUCGUUGGUCCACUAAUAUUUUUGAAGCUAUUUUAACAUUCUCCAAAAAUACAACUGCACUUUCAAACUCUUGAUGGUCUCAAGAACAUUUAUCACCUCUUUUUACAACUCGGAUGAUGAUUCUCGGAUGGGAGAUGUGCAGCACAGGAUGACAAAGUUUAAAGCUGCUAUAGUGUUGUAUGGGAUAUUUUGACAGAACGUUAAACAUCACAUUUAUGUGGACAGGACAAGCUCAAUGUAAUCGGAACUCCAAUGAAUGACAUGUUUUCCAUCAACAAUCACUCCAUCCACACUGUCUUUGUCACAUAAAUACUUGAAUCUGUCCAACACUGUCAACCAGUCCUUCACUAAAUAAAAUCAAUCCUAUGUCAGAAGGAGCGGCAUUCAUGUGUCAUUU